AUGGAUGCCAAAUGGUCGAUACUCGAGCAGCAGGCGCUCUCCAUAGAACGAAAAGCCUCCAAGGCCGGCUCAACGGCGGAUCUCGAGGCUACAAUCAGAAGCGCCGAGUUGUACCUUCAAGCCCUUCGACUGGUCGACAGACCUGCUGAUCGUAAGAGACUCGACACAAAGUGUAAGGAACUCCUAGCACGAGCUGAGAAGAUCAAGAAUGGAUCACCUGUGGCUUCAAAAUCGUCCAGCAAUGUCCAGGUCAGGCGCGAACUCAAGGCACCUGUUUCAGCCCGCAAGCUUACGACGAGAGAAAACAUCAUCAUUCUCGAGGGCUCAAAACUAAAUGGCUUUGUUUUCAAGCCUUGGACACACGCACCUCAUCCGGACGAAUUCUUGUUACAAGAUGGUCAAGAACCGUUUACAGAUUCGUCGCUUCUUCCGCUUUCCGCAGAGCAACUGGAAACUUUUGGCGGCUGGAAACGGGCAGAAGAGGCUAUUCUUUCCAUUGACAACAAUACUACGGGACAGCGUUAUCCGACGAAAGCAAUGAUGCAAGCCAAUGAACCGAUGGAUUUGGUCCAAGAUUUAACAUCUGAUUGCUCAGUAGUCGCAAGCCUAUGUGCUGGUGUCUCCCGUGCACAGGCCGGUCAUCCCAAGAUCUUACGUUCAAUUGUUCAUCCAUACGACUAUGAAAAUGACCAGAUCUCGAUCUCGCCGAACAGGAAGUAUAUAUUACGGUUAUAUUUUAACGGUUGCUGGCGGAGGGUCGAAAUCGACGACUUUCUACCGAGCUCGAAGUCUUCCCGGGUGCUUCAUGUCAUAGACCGUCGAAAUCCCGGUCUGUUAUGGCCAGCACUGGUAGAAAAGGCUUAUCUCAAAGUACGAGGGGGCUACGACUUCCCUGGAAGUAACUCUGGCACUGAUCUUGCUGUGCUGACCGGCUGGCUCCCUCAGCAAGUAUUCUUGCACGAUGAGGGAGUUGAACCGGAUCGUCUAUGGGAAGAAAUAGCCACGAAUUUCAACGAGGGGAACAUGCUAAUCACCAUUGGCACUGGCAAACUUCCAAGCCGCGAGCAAAAGUACCUUGGACUCGCAGCAGAACACGAUUAUGCAGUCCUAGCCGUGUCAUCUAAUAAAGAUGCUAGGGAGAUUCUAGUCAAGAACCCCUGGGCGGAUGGCGAUGUCUGGAAAGGUGCAUCAAGAAGAAGACCCAACCAAGAGGACGGAGCUGGAGCAACGACGGACGACGAUAUGCUGCCUGGGACUUUCUGGAUGGAGUUCAACAGUAUGUUCAGCUAUUUCGAAAAUAUGUAUAUCAACUGGAAUCCUGGUCUCUUCACCAACAGAGAAGAUCUCCAUUUUUCAUGGCGGCAGCAAAAUCUUGAUCGAACUGGAAACGUUCUGGUAGACAAUCCCCAGUUUGCCAUUACCGCAGAACAAGACGUCGAAGUCUGGUUGCUUUUGAACAGACAUUUCAGAACAGGCGAUUACUCGCAAGCAACAGUUGGCAAAAAUGGCUACAUCAGCAUCUAUCUGUAUGAGCGCCAGGGAAGGAGAGUAUUAGCCAGUAGCGGGGCGAAAACAAGGGGACCUUUUGUCGAUUCCCCGAACACUCUGUUGCGGUUCAAGGCUACUGCACAGACCGCUUAUACGGCUGUCGUGGUUUCUCAAGAAUUACCUCCUGGUAAGAUAAAUUUCACUAUAUCAGCAUUUUCGAAGGGCCCAGUCACCGUGUCAGAAGCUCGACUCCAGUAUCCUGAAAGAUUCAGCAUUGAAUCAUCGUGGACUAGAUCAACCGCUGGGGGCAAUUCGGACUCUCCUCAUUACCUGACCAAUCCACAAUUUCGGUUAAGUCUCAGCGGCAAGCAGCGCUUAGCUUUGCUUCUCCGUGUCAAGAGCGGCAAGAAUCAAGAAUCGAACAUUCAUGUCAAAAUGCUGCUUGUAUUCAGCGGUGGGUCAAGGAUUGUGCGUCUUCGACCACGAGAUGUGCUCGCACACUCCGGGGACUAUCGGCAUGGGAGUGCUGUCCUGGAGACGGAACUGGAUGGCGGCAACUACACUAUCAUCUGCUCGACUUUCGAUACCCACCAAAAUGCUGACUUCACGCUUGAGCUCUGCUCCAGCGAGAAGACUCCUUUAACGCAACUUCCCCCCGAAAGUAGCGGGCGACUUAGUAUCAAGAGCGCACCCGCGGUCUUCGGUAUGAACACAGAUCGACUACUGGCCCCUCUCACUAUCAAAAGGAUGAGUUGUGUGACAUUUGUAGCCCGGCACGAAGUGCCCCCUGCAAUUGCACAGUCACUGUUCAAGAUGACGCUUGAGCAAGGUCAAGGACCGUACAAACAGGUGUUGGCGAGCAGCAAAGUUGACAACGAAGAGUUUACUAGUGUCUCUUCCGGCCUUCGCGUUGGGGACGUAGACCUUCAGCCUUCCAUGUGCAGUCUUGGAACUGGUGGCCUGUGGUUAGUACUGGAACGAUUGGCUCAAGGACAAGCUUCUUCUCCCAAGGUCGAGACCCUUCAAGUCGAAGCGUUCACUGACGAAAAACUCGAGGUGGGCCCCUGGGGUCUGGGCGAAGGGUAG